AUGGCUUAUAGGGUUGUUGCUGACCACAUUAGGACUCUCUCUUUCGCCAUUGCUGAUGGUUCUUGUCCAGGUAAUGAAGGGCGUGAGUAUGUUCUUAGGCGCAUUCUUCGCCGUGCUGUUCGUUAUGGACGCGAGAAGCUAAAAGCCCGAGAAGGCUUUUUUAACGGGCUUGUAAGUGUUGUUGUAAAAGUGAUGGGUGAUGUUUUCCAAGAGCUAAAACAGAAGGAACAGCACAUCAGGGAAAUAAUCACAGCAGAGGAAGCAAGUUUUGGGAAUACAUUGCUUAAGGGAAUUGAGAGAUUCAAAAAGGACGCUAAGGAGGUUGAGGAUGCGCAGGGAAAAGUAAUCAGCGGACAGAAAGCAUUUGCUUUGUGGGAUACUUAUGGCUUCCCAAUAGAUUUGACUCAGUUGAUGGCAGAAGAAAGGAAACUGGAAGUUGAUGUUGAAGGUUACUAUAAAGCCAUGGAUGAAGCAAAAAAAAGAUCAAGAAGUGCCAAAACUAAGCAAGCUGGUGGUGCUGUUGUCCUGGAUGCUGAUGCUACAUCUGCAUUGCACAAGAUGGGUGUUUCUACGACGGAUGAUUCCUACAAAUAUAUUUGGUUCCAGGAUCAUGGAACUUCCAUUAAAGCGAUCUACACAGGUUCUGAGUUCUCGGAAAGUGCCUCUCUUGGCGACGAAGUUGGCAUAGUUCUUCAAUCUACUAGCUUCUAUGCUGAACAAGGUGGCCAGAUUUUUGACACCGGAUUACUUGAGGGCUCAUUUGGUUCCUUUGAAGUUUGCAAUGUCCAAGUAUUUGGAGGGUUCAUCCUUCAUAUUGGUUCCCUUACUGGAAGCAGAGGAAAAUUCUGUGUCGGUGACGAGGUUAUCUGUAAGGUUGAUUACGAGAGACGCAAACUCAUCGCGCCCAACCAUACUUGCACGCACAUGUUGAACUUUGCUCUUAGAGAGGUCCUUGGUGAUCACAUUAACCAAAAGGGCUCCAUUGUCCUCCCUGAAAAGUUAAGAUUUGACUUCCGUCAUGGGAAACCUGUGGAUCCCGAGGAUUUAACAGAGAUUGAGAAAAUUGUGAAUGAACAAAUUAAGGCAGAGUUAGAUGUAUACGCAAAGCAAGUGAGCCUGGCUGAUGCUAAGCGGAUCAAUGGUCUGCGAGCUAUUGUCGGGGAAGUGUAUCCUGACCCUGUUAGAGUGGUUGCAAUUGGUCGUAACGUUGAGGAACUUGUGGCUAACCCGGAUAACAAUGAAUGGCUGUCACUUUCAACAGAACUCUGUGGAGGAACACAUAUUACAAACACAAAGGAAGCUAAAAAAUUUGCUAUCCUCUCCGAGAGUGCUGUUUCAAAAGGGAUUAGACGGAUAACUGCGGUUACAGCCGACAGUGCUCGUCAAGCGUUUGACUUGGCAAAGAAGUUUGAGCAAGAAUUUGAGGAAGCAUCCGAAGAAGAUGGCAGUGCACUGGAAGAGAAAUUCGCAUCUCUGAAUAGUCGUCUGGGACCGGCAGCUAUCCCAGCAGCCAAGAAACAUGAUCUUUUGUCCAGGCUACAGGCACUUCAGAACCGAGUUAACAGUCUACAGAAGACGAAUUACCGCAAGGCAGUGCAGGUUGCAACCGAGACUGCUGAAACUGCUACAUCGCAAGGCAAAUCAUUCUGCAUCGCGAGAGUCGAUCUGGGUUUCGCUGCAACUCCAGUUCGCAAUGUCGUAUUAAAAGUCCUGAAACAGAAGGGGAUCUCCAUCAUGGUUAUCAGCACUGAUGAAACCACAAACAAAGCAGUGGUGUGUGCUGGAGUGCCGGAUAAGUCGAACAAGGUGAAGCAGUUGGAGGUUUCUGAAUGGCUGAGCAGUGCUUUGGGGCCUCUGAAAGGAAAAGGGGGCAGAGGAAAAGGCGGUGUUGCCACUGGACAGGGGAACGAUGCGUCGAAGGUGGAUGAAGCCAUUGAUGUGGCGUCGAAGUUUGCCGAGCUGAAGUUGCGAUGA